AUGGCGAGACGGAUCUUCGGUAGAGGACGCGCAAAUACAACGACAGGGACUAUAUCAAAACCUACCCUCACUUACACGGAUGCACUUCCUCGAGAUGACCUACAGGAUCUGGGUCAGAUAUCUGCUACCAAUGUGCAACCUGCAGCCUCCAGUGGCUGGUCUCGGAGGCAAGAAAUCCCGGCUAAUGCGUCUGGGUUCGACUUUCGAGUGACGGAGCCGCCAGAAGAGGCAGUGAAAUCGGAUCUGCCUACCGAUCGGACAGUUGAUGACGCCAUGAUUGGUAUCGCGCUGGCCAGUCCUGGUGCAGUCGCUUCACCCUAUUCUGCCACCAAAUCGAACGACGAGCCUGUCAUUAGUGAAAUCAAUACAGCACAAGAUGCAAGGAACGAUGCGAGCGGUUCACUGCGUCGAAGGCCGAGCAAGUGGAAGAAAUUAGGUGGACUCUUCAAAGGGAAGCAAAAUCCGCCGAAGACGUCCAAUCUCCCAUUCUACCAGGUUCAAAUCAAUGAUCAGCCAUUACAAUCUUCUUCAGAGUUUCUACCUGGGCAGGGACUCCCGUCUCAAACACGGUAUGGACUUCAGCAGGAUUCCGUGCGGUCAAACAAGGACAGGGAUCAUACAGAAGAAUGGCCACGAUAUGAAGAUGGGUCUCGGUUGGAUGGACAUUCCGGAAAAGAGCGGGCUCGAGACGAUCAAGGUCAUUCCCGGACAGGACCCAACGCUAGAAUUAACUCAUCGGAAUCCAAAGCAAGUGGUUCGGGGCCGUUGCUGCAAGUUGAGAUUCCCGACAUUCAUAUGGAACGGUACAGCGUCAUGUUUGGCAGCGUUCUUGGCAAUAAGCAGCCACCAGGUCUCCUCGCCAGACGCAGCAAGACUCUUGACAAGCUUAAAGUUGCUACUGACGAACCGAAUACGCUGGAGCCUCAAAGGUCUCGGCGUCGUGCAACGUCACCAGUGCCGUCAAAGUCGCCUGCUUUCACGUUGUUUCCUCACGCACCUGCUGCUGAAGCAUCCAAGAAUGCUGGCUCUCACACGUCGCCAAAUAGGAGUCUACACAGAUCCCAAACAGCACCAGCCGAGUCGAUGCGGACGAUACGCUCAAAGGACCAAGCUUUGCUUACGGUUCCCGACGCCUCUCCGGCGCCAACAUCUGGCUCGCAAGACCCAUGGGGGUCCGACGCGUCACCGCAGUGGUCCGACUCCGAUGCAGCCAUACUAAAAAGCAAGCCGGUAAAAAGUUAUGUCGACGAAACCAAAGAGCCAGUAUGGGAGAUGGUGACGGCGAAACGGACCGAAUCACCGGAAAGCAUGACCAGAUCGUCCAAAUCAACACCUGCCACCACUCCGGAAGACAUUCCGCCCAUGACCCCUCCCAAAGACUAUCCUCCUGCAGGAGGUCAGAUGAUCCCCAGCUUUCACGCGACCCGAGAAAGAGUGGAUCAGGUGAUGACCUCGAGGAGAAACCAGCAGCCCAGCAGCACCACCACAACUCCUAAUGCGUCUUCACCGAGCGAGAAAACCAGACACAGGGCUGCAACACCAGGAAAGGAAAAAGAAAGUGAAAGCGGAAGCAGAAUUCCCGACGACAAUACCGUUAGUCCCAUGACUCCCGCUCCCCUUCCUACCCCUUCGUCCGCAUCGUCGGAGAAAACGCCCAAGAUCGAGAUCUCCAUCGCACGAUCAGUUUCUGUCUCCAGAGGACCAAAACAGACCCUGGUGCCCUUGGGGGCACGACCAGAUCAGUUCGCAAGAUCAGACGAGCGCCUGGUGGAGAAGCAGCCUCUGGUUCCGACCGUUGUCGAUGUUCGCCGUGGUCAUCGGCCUGAGAAGUCGCAGGACGUGCUCAUCGAGACGGUCUGA